UUAAAUACUAGAGCGUAUAGUCUGUUCGUGAUACGAUCAGUACAUGUAACCUGCUCCAGUCCUGGCAUUACAUGAUUGUGGACAAUACCUUAACAUACAGCUGCGUAUACAACUAAUACAUGUGCAUCGUGAACUAACAGUUGGACUCACCUGAACUUUCUAUAUCGACACACCUGUGAUUUAUACAUGUAUACGUAAUACACAUGACAUACGUAGAGACAUAUUGGAAGAUACGUAUCAUGGUUAAGUGACUCUGAAGUACGGGGAUAUGUUAACUUCACACGGAUGGAAAUACGUAGGAAUGUACGGAAGGAUAUAAAGGAGAAACAACAUGUUCUGACUGAUGUGGUAGUUUUCAUCAGAUACUAGUCAUUGUUAAUGUUUAGUCAAUCGACUACACACACAGAUAUCAGCAAUGAGCAAAAAGAAGUACAACCUCGCCACCAUGGCCGAGACUAGCUCCGUUAAAAGUGUAUCGAACGGAUCAUCUGGUUCACCAGGAGUGUCCGAAAGUAAAGAGGAUAUUGCCUUACAAGCGUUCAAAGCUAGAAUAGCAGACAUCAUUAAAGCGGACCAUGACGACUUCUACCUUCGGAAAUGGCUAAAAGCUCGCUGUUACGAUGUUGACAAGGCAGAAACCAUGUACCGUACAAGCAUGUCUUUCCGCGAAAAGAUGAAUGUUGGUCGUAUCCUACAGGACUAUGACCCACCUCCGGUGUUAAAGAAAUACUUGACGGGAGGGUUCAUUGGCCACGCCCUCGACGGCUCACAGAUCCGGGUAGAGCUGUUCGGACGGCUGGACAUCAAAGGAAUAAUGUGUUCUGUCCGUAAGUCCGAUCUGGAGAAGACCAAGAUCCUUCAGUGCGAGAUGACAGUCGAUGACCUAAAGGAGAGGUCUCUCUUGACGGGGACAAGGGUGGACGGUUUGACGGUCAUAUUUGAUAUGGAGGGGGUCAGUACAAAGAUGCUUUGGAGACCAGGUAUGCAGAUGUAUCUACACCUGGUAAAACUACUGGAGGACAACUAUCCGGAAAUGAUGAGGCGAUUACUGGUCAUUAAUGCUCCUAAGAUAUUCCCUCUGCUGUACAAAUUGGCACGACCUCUGAUCAGUGAUGACAUGAAGGAUAAGAUUCACAUAUCAGGAGGGGACUACAAAGAGUUGUUGUUCAAGUACAUUGAUCCAAGCAACAUACCGGCAUGCUUCGGUGGGACGCUAACGGACCCUGAUGGUAACCCGAGGUGUGUCACAAAUAUAUGUCAGGGCGGGGACGUACCCGAGUCGUAUUACCUACAAAACACACAACUGCUUGAACAUAUGAAGACGGUCACUAUACCAAAGGGAGAUAAACUACAUCUGGAGUAUUCAGUUGAAAAACAGGGCUCUAUCCUCAGAUGGGAGUUCCAGACAGACGACUAUGAUAUUGGAUUUGGUGUUAGCUAUAAGGAGAAUGGUCAUUUAACACCAAUCGUACCUGUAACACGGGUAAAUAGUCACGUGGUCACUGAGGAUGGAAGCAUCACUUGUGAUAAACUAGGCGUUUACUGCCUUUGCUUCGAUAAUAGCUUCAGUUGGACAAAGGGAAAGCGAGUUAAUUUUAUGGCUGAGGUUAUUGCCCCUGAUGACACACUCAUUAAGUCGGAGAUAAACGCCCUGAUAGAGAUUGGUGAUUGGCAGUCACUCUCGGAGAAGUUCGAGACAACUCACCUGUAGUGGAUUAUUUCUUCAUCGACAAAACGACGCCAAAUUAGUGGAAUAAGAGAAAACUGUUGUAAUGUUUUUACGUCGUUUUGGGAUAUGAACGUUUUACGUUUUAAGUCAGCAUUUGAUGAAAUAAAAAUAAUUUUAGGAAUGCAAUUAUGGGCUUAAUACGGGUUCUAAAGCCCGAAACAUUUUUUUUUAUUUACGUUGAAGAAAAAGUUUAAAUGAACUGUGUGUAAGCUGGUUAUAAAUUGUUGGACAAUGACAGAAAUUUCAGCAACAAAGACAAAGAAUACAGUUUUGAUGAAAUUUGUCCAUAUUUUUCUGUGAUUGAUGUUUGUGACUGACGAAUCAGAUGGUGAUGAACCAUAUUGACCUCUAACUACCUAUGAACGGUCACUGGUGAGGGGCAGUAGCUCUACACAUCAUAGGCAUUAUCACUGAAGUAACACUGAUAGUACAAAGUUCAUGUUUAAUGUUUACAUUAAUAUAUGUGUUCUGUAUCCUGAUAUUGAUUUGUGUGUGACAUACAGAAGUCCCUUUACAGCAAAUGUUUCUUUUAUCGCUUUUUCGAUUUAUAGAACUAUACUAUAUGUAGGCCGGUUAUAGAGUAAUAUAUUAGUUCUAAGAUAUCAACUUAUCAUGAUUUAAUGACUUUUGAUUAUUUAUGAUUAUUUUGUACAUUUGUAGUUCGUUUAAUGCCUAGUAAAGAACUGUCUGUACCAUUAUUUGGAAAUUUUACGUUGACAAUAAAAUUGUCAUGCAUUUCUUUUACUGACUAUUUACAGCCUUAAAAUAUAUUAUAAUGGUUUUUCCAAAGGAAACACAUUGUGUUGUUAUUAGGCGGCAUUUGUGGUCUACCAUAGUAAUACCUACUACAUACAUUCUACAAAUUAUCGACUUAGUCUAUGUUUUGUGUAAAACUCAAUUCAUUGAAAACUUAAAUGAGAAAUAAUCAUUCUAUAUUUCAUUUGAAAUCAGGUUAAAAUAGCCUUUGUGGUAUACUAUAACCGUUUACAUAUUAUGAAAUGAAGAUUUAUUUAAUCAAAUGUCCAUUCAUAGUAUUUUACAUUAAUAUACGCAUAUUACUUUCUUAACAACAUAUAUGUUCUUGAUACAUCGAAAAUAAUCUGAUAUAAUUCCAAUAAACUAUGCAUAAUAUUAUUGCAUUG